AUGUAUCGAACACGACCAUCAUUCCGGACCUUUCAGAAACCUCUCCGAACCCCCCAAACGUCCUUCCAACCUUUCCGCAACCAUGCCCAGCACCGCUUCUACCAGCAGCGCCCCUUCGGUCGCGGACCACAAUACAAGCGCUUCGGUUCGCCACCCGGCGGCAUAUCAGGCCUCUUCUUCCGCUGGGCUGCGCGCCCAACCUUCUACCGAGACAUAGGCCUAAUCACAGCAGGAACAGGGGGCAUUUACGUGUACAACCUCGAGCAAGUGCCCGUCUCCGGCCGACGGCGGUUCAACAUCAUCUCUCCGGGGAUGGAAGAGAUGAUGGGCAAAGCGUCCGUAGACCAAGUGAGAGAAGAAUAUAAGGGACAGAUAUUGCCAGAUCAUGAUCCGAGGACCAGGCAGGUGAAGAAGGUGCUGGAGAGACUGUUGCCGUACGCGGAAGGUGAGGGCCUGAAGAACUUGGAGUGGGAGGUCGCCGUCAUCGACUCGCCCGAGCAGAAUGCCUUUGUAGCGCCUGGGGGAAAGGUGUUUGUUUUCACGGGGAUUUUGCCGUUGUGUCGAGAUGAGGACGGUAUAGCGGCUGUGUUGGGCCAUGAGAUUGCACAUGUCGUUGCGCAUCAUACUGCUGAACGCAUGUCCCAAGCCCCGCUGAUACUUCUCGGCGUCAUCGCUCUGUCCAUGUUCGAUGUCUCGUUUUACUCUGGCAAGAUGCUCCUCGAUCUGUUCCUCAGUAUGCCGGCGAGCAGGAAGCACGAGGCGGAGGCAGACUAUAUUGGCCUCAUGAUGAUGGCGCAAGGGUGUUACAGGCCCGAAGCCGCCAUGGACUUUUGGGCAAGGAUGGAGCAGACGGGUCAACGUGGACCACCUCAGAUCCUGUCGACACAUCCAUCCAACCACAACAGGGAAGAGAAGAUUCGUGAGUGGCUGCCCGAGGCGCAGGAGAAGGCCGAGACGUCAGAUUGUCAUAUGACGAGUCAAUAUGCGAACCAAUUCGGUUCUGCAUUGGGCGGCUUCGGUCGUUGGUAG